AUGGCAUCGAUAGAUGAAAUUCAAGGUAACCUCCUCCGCAAGCCUUCAGGCGAGGAGGCGGAGGAGUUGGAAAGGACGGCUUCCACCUACAAGCCGCUCAACUCUUUCCAAUUGGCCAAAGAGAAGUCAUACCAACAACAGUAUGCGGACAUGUACUUUUUAAGGUUGACAAAAAUCAAGCCGGCUGUAGAGACCUUGGCGGUAGAGGCCUGGUCCGAUACUGUCGUUGGUGGUGAAAAGGUCAAGCCAGUCGACAGGGUCUUGGACAUUCGGCAGGGAGAGCUAUGCUGGACAAUAGGCACUGUCUACAUGGAUAUGGCGUUGAAGCCUAAUAUCCUCGAGGAUGUCUCAAAGGAUAAAUGGAUCUCUGCGCCCACAUCGACACAAAAAUACUGGUCUGAUGACGGCUCAGAUGCGGUGAUGCUGGAAGACGAAUCUGGUAGGAUACGCUUGGUGGGAGCAGCUCUCAAAUCCGUAUUCUUGGUUACAGGUUGCAUUAUCGCUGUCAUGGGCACUGAAAAUGCAAAUGGUGAACUAGAGGUCUAUGACAUCAAGUUACCAGACCUACCACCCCAACCCGAUCGCUGGGCCUUGUCGAAGCCGCCCACAACGAACGGUACAAAGACAUCCAAGGCCAAAGACGAGGACGAGGAGAUGACGGAUUCCCACUCUCGCGGGAGUGGCGGCAAAGUGGCCAUCGUCUCAGGUCUGAGCUUCUCAAGUUCCGACGCCUCGCACGCUCUCGAGCUCAACCUGCUAUUGGAGUACCUCCUCGGCGAGGCCUUGGACCCGUCUGCGCAACAGGAACUAGCACAAAUCAGCCGUCUCAUUAUAGCAGGAAAUUCGAUCUCGUUGGAAGAUCGCCGGCCUGUGGAGGAGCAACAACCAGAGAGAAAGACGAACAAAAAGUACGGCUACGACGCCAGCUCGUACAACGCACUCCCCUCGCAACUCUUGGAUGAGUUUCUCGCUUCACUACUCCCUACUAUGCCCAUCAACAUGCUGCCAGGUGCUCAAGAUCCGGCGAAUGCCAGCUAUCCCCAACAACCCGUGCACACGGCCAUGUUCCCGAAUGCAAGAGCAUAUGCCGCUGUACCAGGGUCAAAGGAAGCUGGCUGGCUCGACAAUGUGACGAAUCCAUGGGAGACUGAGUUGGACGGAUGGCGCGUACUAGGAACUGGUGGCCAAAACCUGGAUGAUGUUUUUAAAUAUGUCGACAGCGAUGACCGCUUGGGAAUGAUGGAGGCCAUGUGCAGGUGGCGCUGCUGCGCCCCAACAGCGCCAGAUACUCUCUGGGCCUACCCGUUUCAGGACGAUGACCCAUUUGUGAUGAAGACAUGUCCUCAUCUCUACUUUGUUGGCUGUCAACCAGAGUUCGGCACCAAGGUCAUCCACGGUGCUGAUGGACAAUCUGUACGACUCAUUACCAUUCCGUCGUUCAAAGACGCCAAAGAGAUCGUCUUGGUGGAUACAGAAACCUUGGACGUCUCAACCGUCAAGAUAGCUACUUUAUAA